CGCGCCUUUGCCAAGGCAGCUCACUUUUGAAUUUGCGCUCUCAGUCCAACGCCUUCACAUCCAAAAACAAAAAAUAACCUCCGAAAACAACACAGAGUUACAUCAUGGGAGCGAUAAACCCGGCGGACUCGAGUACGCCGAUGCGUGCCACCAUCGAGUAUGACAAUGGCAAGACGCUCAUGGCACAGGGUCCUCAGGCACUCCACGACCACGUUGCCUCUCGCAUGGAGAAGGCACUGGGUAGAGCACUCCCGCAGAUGGAGGUGCGCUUCAAGGACGUCUCCAUCUCGGCUGAUAUCGUCGUCAAGGACGAGACCGACAUCAAGGUCGAGUUACCCACGCUCACCAACGAGCUCAUGAAGAGCGUCCGCGGUUUGGGCGCCAAGAAGCACACGGUCAGGAAGCAGAUCCUCAGGAACGUCAGUGGGGUCUUCAAGCCAGGCACCAUCACGCUCGUGCUGGGCCAGCCUGGAUCCGGCAAGUCUUCGCUUAUGAAGCUGCUCAGUGGCAGGUUUCCGGAACAGAAGAACGUCACAGUUGAAGGCGAGGUCACAUACAACGGAGCACCAGCCAACGAGCUGCUCCGACGUCUGCCCCAAUUUGUAUCCUACGUCACUCAGCGUGACAAGCACUACCCUUCAUUGACAGUCAAAGAGACGCUCGAGUUUGCACACGCCUGUUGCGGUGGAGGCUUCUCGGAGCGUGACGCCCAGCAUUUCGCUGGCGGAACACCCGAGGAGAACAAGGCUGCUCUUGACGCCGCCAGAGCCAUGUUCAAGCACUACCCGGACAUCGUCAUCCAGCAGCUCGGACUUGACAACUGUCAGAACACCAUCGUCGGUGACGCCAUGACUCGUGGUGUGUCUGGUGGAGAACGUAAGCGUGUGACCACGGGCGAGAUGGAGUUCGGCAACAAGUACGUCAUGAUGAUGGACGAGAUCAGUACAGGUCUGGACAGUGCCGCCACCUUCGACAUUAUCACCACGCAGCGCAGUAUCGCCAAGAAGUUCCGCAAGACGAUAGUGAUCUCGUUGUUGCAGCCGUCACCCGAGGUGUUCGAGCUGUUCGACGACGUGGUGAUCCUGAACGAGGGCCACGUCAUGUACCAUGGUCCGCGUGCUGAGGCAUUGGGCUACUUCGAGAGUCUGGGCUUCAAGUGUCCUCCACGUCGCGAUGUGGCUGACUUCCUGCUGGACUUGGGCACCGACAAGCAGGCGCAGUACGAGGUGAGCUCGACUCCAUCCAGCAGUAUCCCACGCACAGCCAGUCAGUAUGCCGAUCUGUUCACGCGCUCCAGAAUCUACGGUCGCAUGAUGGAAGAUCUCCACGGUCCAGUCCACCCAAAUCUGAUUGAAGACAAGACGAAGCACAUCGACCCGAUCCCGGAAUUCCACCAGAACUUCUGGGACAGCACCAUUGGCGUCGUGCAGCGUCAGAUCACACUCACCAUGCGUGACACGGCCUUCCUCAUUGGUCGCUCCGUCAUGGUGAUUCUGAUGGGGUUACUCUACUCGAGUGUGUUCUACCAGUUCGACGAGACCAACGCACAGCUAGUGAUGGGAAUUAUCUUCAACGCCGUCAUGUUCGUAUCACUUGGACAACAGGCGCAAAUCCCUACGUUCAUGGCUGCCCGCGAGGUGAUCGUCUUGCGGAACUUCUUGGCGAUACUGCGCUGCGUGGUGAUAAUGUCAAAGGUGGCGGCACUGUCCAGACCCGUGCUGAUCUCGUCCAUCAUCAUGACGUACUUGUUGCCGAACUCCAUCUCGCCCGUGGUCACACGCUUACGUUCUCCACCAGACACACCACGAGUCAUGGCGUCACCGACGAUGGUGUUCUGGCAGUUGUCAAGUCCGAGCUGCUGGAUGACGAUGUCCGGGUAG